UUUCUGAAGGGUCUGAAGUAGGAAUCAAAACAAAAACACCAAUGCAGUUCGUUUACAUUUGAUUUGAGCAUUGAAAUUUUAUUUUCAAUCAAACAAGUAAAGUGAUCAAAAUUUAUCUUAUUAUUUCCUGAAACCAAUUUGAGGUGCGAUGCAAGAAGUUUGUAGGCUCUGUUUUAAUAAAUUGGAAUCAGAGGUGGAUACAAUGCUUCUCAGUCAGAACAAAACCUACGUAAGGCUUGUUAAAGAACUAUUAUGCAUUGAGAUAUUAGAAGAUUCUUCACGAGACUGCUUUAUGUGUUCGACAUGUCGGCAAUUGUUACACAAAUUCAGCAGAUUCAAAAACAUGUGCCAGGAAAAUGACACAAUAUUUCGAAACCAGUACAAAAUUACGUCUACCAUACUGGAAAAAGUUAGCGGUAAUGACUGCAGGGAUGAACACAAUUUACUCAGCAAUUCAAAUGAAGUGAAACUAGAAAUCGAAAACCACGAUUUCGAUCCGGGACCACCAGAUGAGAAAUGUAACAAAAAACUAAACAGCAAGAAGAUGUAUUCGAAGGCUCCAUACACUCGGUGCGGAAAACUGAUCAGUAAGAACAACAUGGCUGCUCAUAUGGGAACGCAUCAAGCAUGCAGGAUCACCUACCCAUGUGGGCACUGCGAAAAAGUCUACACUGAUGCUAACAAUUUGAAGAAGCACAUCAAUACGCAUACUAAAAGUGCAAUUUAUCGGUGUGGGAUAUGUGCCAAGAGUUUCGAUCGUACAGAUACGCUAAGUAAGCAUAAGAAAGUUAUGCAUAGUGAAGAACGAAAUCAUGUAUGCACGGUUUGUAACAAGGGAUUUGCCUUGAAGCAAAGUUUGACUCAGCACCUUAAAUCAGCUCACUCGAAUACUAAAACGAAGGAAUGCAAGGAAUGUGGAAUGUUGUUCAAAUUUAACAAUGAACUCAAAAUGCACAUGAUAAAACAUACGAAGGAACGGCAACAUCCAUGUCCAAUGUGUUCGAAGCAAUUUUCAAGAACAUACUAUCUUAAUGUACAUAUAAAGCGGAUUCACUCAUGUGAUAGAUGAUGUGAUGCAAUUUUGUGUUUUAAACUUUCUGGUAUUCAUUGAAACAUUAAAAAAAUGAAUUACGCAAA